GACAUCUCUUUCCAUGUGGCCUAGGAUACCCUUCUCGUUCUACCCAAAGUUGGUUUCAUAUAGAGAUUUUGCAAUGUAAAAGCCCUCGCUCAUCCUGUGCUUUCUUGCCUUCUCUACUUCAUAUAUUCCAGACCCAUCGAGUGUCCACUGAUGAACUGACUGCUACUCUACUUCAUUCCUCUCAUCGUCCUCUGCUCCUGACUAUAAGGAAAUUCUUCAGAUUCUUCACUGGAAAUUUUCCUAGAUUGUGCAGUUAAGAUGGGUCCAGCUUUUAGGCCAGGAAGAAGAAAGAGCCACUGCAAACCCUACCCUGGGCACUUUAAGAAGAAGAAGCCUUCAGAUGAUCUCAGGGAUGGUGGCUGCUCCAGGCAAACUAUGCCAUCAAAUUUGGAAGAGGAAAGCACAGUUCCUCACGUCGCUGGCUACUCCACCCCAAAGACAAAGAAAUCAAGGAUACCGGAGCAGCUCAGCUGCCCUCCGGCACCCAAAAAGAGAAAGAUCACCACCACAACCGCCGCCUCCACCAACUUGCACCCGAACACAUCUCCGUCAAUCUCGUUCUUCACAUCGCCGGACCUCGACCUCUUCUUCCUCUACGCGCUGCAUGAGAUCAUAUAGCACCAUAUCCUACUGUCCUUCUAGCGUCUCUAUGGAUUGGCGAGUGAUUUCAACAGCUUCUUUUUAGAGCUGGGAAUUGUUUUCUUAAUUCCUUCGCAUCCUGCAUCAUUCUUGCAGAGUGUUAUUUUAUUUUAUUUUUCUGUUUGUUCUUUUGUUUGUGUGUAAGAGACCGAUGAAGCUUUGAAACUGAAGCGUCGUUGUACUUUUUGUUCCUUUCCUUGGUAGGUUUGCUGCUGUAUGUCAGACUAUCAGCCUUCUUUAGAAUUUGAAUUGGAUUCCCUGUUGUUGACUGGAAUUUGAGAA